AUGGCCAAUGCUGAGCGGGGACUUUGGUCAGUGCUUAGCGAGGGCAUGGCCCGAGCCUCCAUCAUGGGUUCCAACCCUCACAUCACCUCUUCAAGGGACGGUAAGCAUACCCCCAUCCCAUAACCGAGACACCUAUCAGCUAAUUUCACAACAGCUUAUGCCUCGCUCCGCAAAAUAUACGGAUACUUCUCUUACUUUGCUCCUCAGCCUUCCUUCGCUUAUCUCACCAAUCCAGUGAAUCGUGUAUGCCAGAUUCUGUGUGCUCACUUCGUCGCCAUGCAACUUAUCAUGACCCCCAUCACACGAAAUGAGUGGGUUGCACGGGAGGAUAAAAAGAAGAGAACAGAAAAUGAAGAGGUGACGGCGAGAUGGUUCAGUGCCUUACAUCGAAAUGUGCCCGCAGAAUGGAUGCCAUAUUAUGAAUGGACUAUGUGGGUAGAGAGCGAGGUUGCGAAAGGAAGGGUAUUUAAUGGGCUUGUGGAAGGCGAGAACGAGGAAGGUGACAUGGAGUGAGGAGCAUAUUUAUCACGACGGGAAACAACUAACUACCACCCAGUUAAAUAAAAAGGCAGAAAUACCACUUGUAUACCAAUCGUUGUUGUUAUUAGUGUUUUCCAUACAGAUUUGAUGAAAUUAAAACCAGUACUACUCUAUGUCACCACAAGAAACGACGCCUUAUGCCCCUACUUAUACAUAUGCAUCCCCAUGUCGCCUCGUAGGUAGGUAGGUAGUACGGGUAGACCAAAGUCCUAGGAUAUACGUCUAUUAAUACAGUAAAUACUACUAGGGACUUGGUUAUUGCUAGAAUCUUUAUGUUAACCAACGUUCGGCCAUGGAACCAUAUUCCAUAGAAUUAUUCCAUUCCAUUCCACCUGGAAUCCUUCCAGAGCUUAUAUAAAAUGGAAAGAUUCCUUCCAUUAGCAGGCUCUGGAAAUUCCAUGGAAUAUAUGCCUCUGGAACCGAAUGGAAUUCCAGUUACCGAACGUUGAUGUUAACCUUAUUUGAUCUUAUGUAUUUUGAUUGCGGUUCGGGGACACUGUAGGUACGGAAGUAAAUCAUGCACUUUAGGCUUCCCCUACUAGAAAUACUACCUGUGAAGCUAACACUACUUUGCCAGAAAGUUAAUUAGUAUACUAGUGAGGGGGUACAUAGGUAGUAGUUCUGUUACAAAAGAAUUGAUUAGGUGGUGGUUUAGUCGUUUACCGUUACUACAAGUAUAAAUUAAGAAUUAUCUCAAAUACCACCUUAUCAACAGAACAAGCGAUAGUCUACUACUUCUUAGUACACCUUCUUCUCCCUUAGAAGAAUGAACCUCCCCCCGCCCGAAAAGGUCACGAUCCGCCCUGCAAUGUCACCACCACACCACAGCAAAUCGCUAAUCUCCCCCCCAUCGGGCCAUAAGAAAAGGUAUCAAACAAGCAAUUUCUACCUUUCAAACUCCUUCAGAACAAGUCACCGUAUCGCGGUCCCUAAGACUAAUCAGUUUAAUAGUAAGUUCCUGUAGUCCGUUUGACGCUCCCUUAUUCAAGCUCUUGUUCCCCGACAUCUUAACCACGGUACCUAACCCAAACACCACCUUCCUUCCCUUUUUCUCUUUCUUUUCUUGUUGAUUUACUAGUAAACUUGUUAGUAAAACGAUGAGUGGCAUAGGAACUGGCACAUAGAAAAAAUGCCAUAUGGAUUUACUUCAAUAAGCGAGCUAUUUACAGUUAAGCUAAACCUGCUCUUUACCCCUAGGCGCUGCCACUCUGGAAGAAAAGCCACAGGGACCCUCUGUGAACUGGGAUGAGGAUAUUCAUGAUAUGGUGUUUGAGGAGAGGCAAGUCUAUCUUUUCCAGAUACCGCAUUGUAUUCGCCAAAGGGCAAUCGCGGAAGAGAAUAUCUCCAUAUGA